GAACUUUAUUUUAGUAUGACCUUUGACACAAUCUACACAUGAUCAAUCGUACCACAUUUGACCACGUCAGCCUCUUUGCCCUUUUCCACACGUUGUUUGUGAGGUCAAAUAAUUGAAAGUUUUACCAUUUUCAGUUUUACACAGCCACCAAGCCGAAAGUUAGGCACACGCAUAUGAAAUGAAACCUCAGAAAAGCAUGGGACAGAGAGGACCACGGGUAUAUAAUAUGCUUAAAGAGAUGUAGAAAGAUAGAGAGGACAAGCAACAAAAAGCACAGGUUGAGAAUUCAGUAGCUGGAAGUGGGGGAGAGAAAUACUUGUGUUAUCUCUUCCUCUCCUUUCCAAUUUCUAGGUUCUUUCAUUUUCUUCUUUUUGUAGUCCAUAGACUGGCUGUGGGUGGAAUCUUGCAUUUUCAGCUUCUGGGUCGUUAAUGGCUGCUUCUUGGGUCUUAUCAGAAUGUGGCCUAAGACCCCUCCCUAGAAUCUACCCUCAACCCAGAACUGGCUUUGCAUCACAAAGAACUAAGCUUUUCAAGCUUAGAUCACUAUCAGUCUCAAAAAGUCACAAUCUUGGUUCUUCUUUCAAGGUCUCAAGUUGGUCUAAACAAAGAAAUUGGCAAUUAAAUGUUGCAGCUCCUGUAAAUUUUACAACUGUGAGUCGAGAGGAGGAUAAAGAAAGAGAGGAAACUAAUGAGGAGGAAGGUGAAUUCUUUGACCCUGGUGCCCCACCACCUUUUAAAUUGGCUGAUAUAAGAGCAGCCAUACCGAAGCAUUGUUGGGUUAAAGAUCCAUGGAGAUCUAUGAGCUAUGUUGUGAGGGAUGUGGUUGUGGUUUUUGGAUUGGCUGCUAUUGCAGCUUACUUUAACAAUUGGGUUGUUUGGCCUCUUUACUGGUUUUGUCAGGGGACCAUGUUCUGGGCUCUUUUUGUUCUUGGCCAUGAUUGUGGUCAUGGGAGUUUCUCAAAUAAUCCAAAGUUGAAUAGUGUGGUGGGUCAUCUCCUUCAUUCUUCAAUCCUUGUUCCUUACCAUGGAUGGAGAAUUAGCCACAGAACCCAUCAUCAAAAUCAUGGACAUGUUGAAAAUGAUGAAUCAUGGCAUCCAUUGUCUGAGAAAAUCUUCAAAAGUUUGGAUAAUGUCACAAAGACAUUGAGGUUCAGCUUGCCUUUCCCAAUGCUUGCUUACCCUUUCUAUCUGUGGAGUAGAAGCCCUGGAAAAAAGGGUUCUCAUUUUCAUCCAGAUAGUGAUUUGUUCCUCCCAAAUGAGAGAAAAGGUGUUCUUACCUCAACAGCUUGUUGGACUGCAAUGGCUGCAUUGCUUGUAUAUUUAAACUUUGUAAUGGGUCCUGUCCAAAUGGUUAAACUCUAUGGUAUUCCCUACUGGAUCUUUGUCAUGUGGUUGGACUUUGUGACCUACCUGCAUCACCAUGGUCAUGAGGACAAACUUCCCUGGUAUCGUGGAAAGGAAUGGAGUUAUCUGAGAGGAGGGCUUACAACCCUUGAUCGAGACUAUGGAUGGAUCAAUAACAUCCACCAUGAUAUCGGUACUCAUGUGAUUCACCAUCUCUUCCCUCAAAUCCCACACUACCACUUAAUUGAAGCAACUGAAGCAGCUAAGCCUGUGCUAGGGAAAUACUACCGGGAACCGAAGAAAUCUGCACCUCUUCCAUUUCACUUACUGGGAAGUCUUAUAAGAAGCAUGAAACAAGAUCACUAUGUAAGUGAUACUGGAGAUGUCGUUUACUAUCAGAGAGAUACUAAUCUGUAUGGAGGUGUGAAAAAAGAGUGAAGCUGCAAAAGUUUAGGUGUAACAAGUAAAGCCUACCAAGCCAAGAUUCUUUGUCACCAAUUAUUUUACUUCUGUCAACUGCUCAAUAUAUGCCUUACAAAGCCAAUGGGGAGUGGGGACAGCCAUUCUGCCCCACAUAAAUCUUGUGUUCUCCCUUAUUUGAUAGGAGAGAUUGCAGAUAGUUAAUGUUAGCCGAUUAUGUUGUAAUAUCGACAGAAAAUCUCAAAUCUCUUUUUCUUUUGGCCCUUUCUCUCUGUCAUUAUAUGCAUUACAAAGCCAAAAAAUGUAUGGCAUAGAAAGAAGAUCAUGUCACUCCCACAACUUGCAAUUGGUCACUACUAUCCAACUACUACUGUAGUCUUUCCCUUUGAGAAAGGACUUUAAUGAAGUACUGCUAAUAUUCAGUUGA